CGAAAAUCGUUGGUGGCCUAACCACCCCAACCGGCGACGAAAGCAAUCCUCUGCAGCAGAAGAGUAAGCCCUUGAGCUGCAAUUCCAUCUCCAGCGACUGCGUAGUUGUAGUUGUGAGUUGGAGGUCCAUAGGGCUGCUCACAAAGAUCCGCCUGGACCCAUGUGGUUCUGCCAUUGUUAGCUUCUUGGUCGUGAUGCUCGAUAACGUGGUGGAUACUAGGGUUGUCGAUCUACUAUCCGGCCGCACAAGGCGCAGAAGGCCAAAGCGUAGAGUCGGUCGGUUGUCAUGAUGGGGGGCGGGUAAGACGGUCACUGCGCCGCUUUCUUUUUCAUAUCAUUCCGUCACAUCUCAUCUUAUUCCAAACUGCUUGUCCUCUUUCUUCUCGCUCUAACGUUGUAAAUUCUUCUACAUACUAUCGUGGUCUAUACUUCGGAUAAUUGUUUAGCACGAAUAUCAAGUUUGGUUCAGUAUGUCUCCACAUCUUACUAGACGACAAAACAGCACCGGCUUCACUUGCCCGUUAGGAGGAGACUGGUAUGCUUGUGCAACCGGCUCCAACUUCGUGGGCUGCUGUGCUUCGGAUCCAUGUACGAAGGGAUGUUCGCAGGGCAACGUGUACCAAGGUGGCUUUGAUAAAGCAUUGUAUGGCACUUUCCCAGACGUAGGUUGUGGAACUGGUAGCGUCUUUUGGUCUUGUGCUGCUGGUACAACAUUCUGGGGCUGCUGUAAAUCCGAUCCCUGCGCUGCCAACUCCACUUGCCCAAGGGUUGAUCUAGUCCCUGCCUAUUUGGACAGGCCAGAACAGUUCAGCGCAUAUGCGUCCACGAUCAUAUCUUCCAGUGCCACGACCAGCGCAACAGCAUCAUCAUCUCCCUCAAACUCCGAUAAAGGAUCCAGUAACGGCGCUGUAAUUGGCGGUGCAGUCGGCGGAGGUAUCGGGGCAGCCUUGAUAAUUGGCGCGCUUAUCUGGUUCCUUUGCCGAAAGAGAAAGCAGCGUAGACAACAACAAUAUGCCGCUGCUCCAGUUGGAGAAAACGCACACCCCACAGGCAUCGAGAAAGGAGGCGCCACUAAUCCAAACUACGCUGGUGGUCAAUAUGCCGGCCAAUCGCAAACAGCACCGCCGACAUACACCUCCCCUAACCCCAACAUGUACCCUGCCGUGCCUCACAAGGACGCCCCAUACCAGCAAUACGCUCAUAUCUCCGACGCCCCACAGGAACUUCCAGGAGAUAUUGGGAGAACUCCUGCGGAUCAACGCUAUUCUGAAUUACCAGAUUCGAACGAGCACAGGUUGUCAGAGCUACCGGCUGGUACUGAUGCGGCACGUGCAGAGCUCGAGUCGCCACAAACUUCCCCAACACCGAUGCAGACGGAGUUCAGACGAGAUGUGGCCAAGAAUGGGUUGGGUGCGUCGACUGAAGAUGGAACCACAAGACGUUAA